GUGAUGUGGGCCGCCUCGGACUUCACGGCCGAGAACGGCGCCACGCGCUUCCUUCCGGGCUCGAACCACUGGCAACCUUCGUUGACCGGCUAUGGCAGCAAGACGGGGCCCAGUCUUCCGGCGGGCUUUCAGUCCGAGGAUGCCCUGCAAGCCGUGAUGCCCAAGGGCUCUGUGGCCCUCUGGAGUGGACACACCCUGCAUGGAGCCGGCUCCUACGAGAGAUCGGUGACGCCUGCAGGGCCAAGACAUGGACUGCUCUUCAUCUACAACUUGGGCUGGCUACGAUCCGAGCACAACUUCCACUGGGCAGUUCCGCGCGCAGUGCUUCAGUCCCUCUCUCCGGCGCUGAAAAGCCUGAUCGGCCUCGACGGGGAGAAUGCGGUGGAGCACGACUGGUAUACGGGACCGGUCUAUGCACAGCCUUACCUGGGCGGUCCGGAAGGAAAUGCUUCAGGUGAUGGUGUUCAGCUCAAGACCAUGGCAGCGUGA